AUAAAAUGAUUUUAUUAAAGUAAUGAUCAUUUAAUAAAAUUUAAUACAGUACUUAUUAUAAUAGUUACAGAUGGAAAAGAGAAUAGAAGCUCUUUCAGGAUUAACUGAUGAUUCCUUUAAUGAAACAGAAUAUUAUAUUGAUAAUGGUCUGAGAAAAGUAUAUCCCUAUUAUUUUUUAUAUCAUAUGUUCUGCAAAAUCAACUGGGUAGGAGGAAAAUUAUUAGAUGUAAUCACAAAUGAAUAUCCUAUGUAUAGCAAAGAAGAAUAUAAAGUGCUUAUAGAAGAUGGCAUUAUUAGAAUUAACAAGAAAAAUGUAUCAACUGAUUAUAUUUUAAAAAGUAGUGAUGUUAUUACACAUUUUGUACAUAGGCCCUUUACUGCUCAAAAAGAGCACAAAAAGGCCCCAAGAGGAAGUCAUGAUUAUAUGCUGAUUUGA